GAAACCCUACUUGUGAUUCGUCCAAAGUAGACCAAAGCCCCGGUGAGCUGAAUGGAGAGCGAGAUGUGAGCCCUGUUCAUGCUCAGAGCCUCGUUUCCAGUAAGCUUACAACGGAACACCCCAAUCUAUUUCCAUUGUGUUUAAAUCACCAGGAUGACUGGCAUGGUGCUGGGAGUGGGUGCUGGUGUGUUCCUUCUUGCUCUGAUCUGGGUGUUGGUGCUGCUGCUGUGUGUGCUGUUAUCCAGAGCCUCUGGGAUAGCUAGGUUCUCCAUUGUCUUCGUCUUCCUUGGUGCUCUGAUCAUUACUGCAGUUCUGUUGCUUUUCCCUCGAGCCAGUGAAUUCCCAGCCCCAGAGGUGGAAAUGAAGAUUGUGGAUGCCUUUUUCAUUGGCCGCUAUGUCCUACUGGCUUUCCUCAGUGCUGUCUUUCUUGGCGGCCUCUUCUUGAUUCUUACUCAACAUGUGCUGGAACCAAUCUAUGCCAAACCACUGCGGUCCUGCUGAGUGCGGUAAUGGAAACCUGGGAGGUUUUGAUGUCCUGGAUGAGCACAGAGGCACGCUCUGGAGCCUUGAUGACAGCCUUCAUGUCUUCAGACCAGUGGAGUGUCCGUUUGUCACUAAGACAAACCUCUUGAGACCCAACUUUCAGAAACUCAGCAGCAAAGCAGACUCCGUGGACGGAGGUUGUCACUGUCUGAAGACUGAUAUAACUGUUUGUCCAGUACCCAUACUGCAGGAUUCCUGUCUGUUUUGAGUGGAAAGUGGUAACUAUGAUCUGCUUGGGGUAGCUGUUCAGUCAAGCUAUCAGUAGUAGAUCAGUAGAUCAGUAGUAGAUCUGAGAAGAAGGAGGUUGAGGCUCUGUUGAUCAACAGAAGAGCCUGGUCCCUGUUGAUAACGUCUAAGUUAUAAGUUCUUUUUUUUUUUUAAUACUUAUUUAUUAUGUGUACAAUAUUCUGUCUGUGUGUAUUUCUGGAGGCCAGAAGAGGGCACCAGACCCCAUUACAGAUGGUUGUGAGCCACCAUGUGGUUGCUGGGAGUUGAACUCAGGACCUUUGGAAGAGCAGGCAAUACUCUUAACCUCUGAGCCAUCUCUCCAGCCCCAAGUUAUAAGUUCUUAGUUGAAUACUUGGAACCAUUUGAAGGAGAAAGACACUCAGACACAAAGGCUGCUUUACCAUGAUGGCUUGGAAGUUUUGCCAGGCAGAGGUUGUUGACCACUCCUUAUGUAAUUCCACAGAGCUCUAUAAAAGCAGUGAGUGGCAUUUGCCUGAGUCCUAAUAAAGCAAUAAACAAUGACCACAGGGCUUUCUCUUCAAACUCCUGCCUACAGCUUUUGUAUAUUUACAUUUUGAGUUUGCUUAGAGAUUAGGAGAGAGAGAGAGAUACGGGAAUGUUAGGUGUCUCCCUGCUGCAUUCUUGGGUCUUCUUCUCCCAGGGUUUGGUGGCCUCUCAAUGCCUAAUUUAAGUAUUUAGUAUCACGUAAGAGUCCUCAAGCCGGGUGCUGGUGGCUCACGCCUUUAAUCCCAGCACUUGAGAGGCAGAGGCAGGUGAAUCUCUGUGAGUUCAAAGCCAGCGUGGUCUACAGAGUAAGUUCCAGGACAGACUCCAAAGCUACACGGAGAAACCCUGUCCCAAAAAACAAAAACACAAACACAAACAAACAAAGAGAGUCCUCUUUGAGCUUUGGCCUUUUUCCUUUGGCAGUACUGGGAAUUGAACCUAGGGUUUCACACAUGAUAGGAAGUAUUCUACCAUCCUAUCCCUCAAUUCACUUUUUAUCUUGAAGAACAAUUGUACUAGCUUGUCCAGGCUGGCCUUGAACUUUCCCUGUGUACCAGAGAGGUUUUGAACUUGCUGUCCUGCCUUAGUUUGCCAAGUAGCUGAGGUUUUAGGCCUGAACCAUCGGGCCUGGCUCUUUUAUCUUGUUCAUCAAUUGGUUACUUGGUUGGUUCUUUGAGGCAGGGUCUCACUAGGGAUCCUGGGCUGGCUUGAAAGCCAUUUUGAGUACUGGAAUUGCAGUCGUGCCCAAACAUGCCUACCUCUCUGUUUUCAUCUUGGGGAUUCUUUCUCCAAGGUUAGCAAGGAAUGUAUAUUCUCAGCAUUAUAACUUUGCAUUUGUCUAAUUUCCCAGAUCAAUAAAAUUUGUCACUAAAUGGG